CCAAAACAAACCGAAUACCGAACGUGUGCUCGAAAGCGAAAUGCCAGAUCGGACAAUGCCGUUAUUCAUUUCCAAUUGAAUGUGUCCAAUAGCGGUGAAGUUAUCCAGUUAUACUAUCCUUUUCGCGCCAAUUGUACUCAAAUAGCCACCGCAGUGUUUUUUUGCUAUUGUGCCAGUGCUAUUCGAUUAUAAUGGUACCCCCACCGGAAGAACAGUCGAGUUCUUUGCGAAGGCAAAAAAGUCGCAGCAACCCAGUUGGCCUGUGUGAUGAUGAUGGCGAUGAAGAUCAAAUUGAGAUAAAAAAAGCUAAGAUGAAUUCCCUAGACAGUGAUGAGGAGGAUGAACCUGAAAUAGAAAAAGAUAAAUAUAACGUUGCGAACGCUGAAACGGAUCGAAUGUUUGAUGGACAGGAAAAAGCCACUAUUACGUUCGAUGGCGAGACAAAAAUUACAGCAUUCAAUAUGGAAGAAGAAAUGCAGCAAGGACAUUUCGAUAAAGAAGGGACGUUUAUUUUCAAAAAAGAAAAGGAAGAAAUUAAAGACAGCUGGCUGGAUAAUAUUGACUGGGUGAAAGUGAAGGAACGCGAAGAAAUCGAGGAAAAGGAAAAGGGCCUGGCUGAUUCCUCUGAUUCCGAAUCUGACGCCCCACAAACAGUUGACAUUAAGGCAACGUAUGCCAAAAUGCUUGAGGUAAUGCGUCCAGGUGAAGAUGUGCUCCGAUGUAUUAAGAGACUGGGAGGCGGACAGCAUGGAAGUAGAAGCAACCGCAAAGAUAAAAGAAAACUGAAUCCGGAACAGCAAGCUGUUCUGGACAAGAUUGUAGGGUGUGCUGGUGAUAUUCUCGCAACCGGCGACAUGGAUAUCUACCAGAGGACGUAUGAACAACUCAGAUUGGCUCUUGCGCCUAAAAAGGAUACCUCUGAUAUGGACAUUUUUGCUGACGACGAAACAACAGCUGACAUAAAGAAGAAUAAUGAUACGCCAUCUACGUCGGAAUCAUCAUCCGCAGAUUUUAUGGUGACUGGCGACGAGAAAGUUAUGUGGGAGUACAAAUGGGAUGAAGAAAAUGGUUCACAGGUGUACGGACCUUACUCGUCAGAGGAUAUGCUGGCUUGGAGCGAACAGGGCUACUUUCGAGAUGGCGUAUACGUUAGAAAAAAGGACGAAGAAAAAUUCUACUCGUCAAAACGAAUUGAUUUUGAUCUAUACGUUUAAGUUUGGAUAAAUUUUGGUUAUAAAUUUUUCCACACAGUUGAGCAAUUAGCUGUGUCUUAAAGCGUAUUACAGCUGCUUACCUUCAGCCGUUGUCAAAACAGACAAAAAAAAAAGUGUCAGAUAUCGACUUUUAUAUAUAGUGGAAAUACUUAGUGGAAAGCUCUAAAAGGACAGAAUAUGUAUUUAAUCGCAGAAUAAUGUGAAUAAGAGCCUUUGUUAGGUAUUCAUCGAUAAUCGAUGUGAAUGGCAUAUAGACGGCUGUGUUAGAGACCCAAGCAAAUGCCAGUUUUAUGGCUUCUCAUUGUUUUAUAUGUAUAUAUUACGUCAUAGUUGUAAUAAAUAAUUAAAACAAUUACGAUAAAUGACUACGUGCUUUUUAAGCUUAUGAUAAAUAAAUUCGUAAUUUUUAGGUGAUGAACUGGUCAAUUUGUUUUUUGCAACUUUUAAAGUUAUUCCCGUUAAGGGGGUUCCGUAAGAAUCGGAAACGGUGAUAAUCGAAAAAAGCAGGGCCAGGACUAUAAGUUGGACAAGACAAAACAUCCCGAUAACUGUUUGAUAAUUUUUGGCAAAUCACUAAAGAUGUGCAAAGCCGGGAAUAGUUAUAAUGAAGCUUGACUUUUCUUCUACUCGGUCAUAAUGUACGUAAUCGUGAUAACAGCUCGGCGGUUUGACAAAUGCUUAUGGAAGGGCACUCCACUGCAAUCCCGUCAAAUAACAUUACCUUUGUUAACAAUGUGUACUCUCGUCUUAUAUUUGUUGUGAAUCUCAUACCAAACACGUAAUAGUUUAACAGACUGCGACUUAAUUGAAAGACGACGUAUUAGAAUACCUAAUAUUUCUGAUAUGUGAAAUAUAAAACCCAAUAUUCAA